AUGCCAGAACCUCUCGUGUCUCUCCAACCUGAGGUCUUGAAUGCUAUGAAAGCAUUUACAGAGAGUAUCGUCAAAGACAAGGAAGCCGAAGUCGCUGCACUCAAAGAUAAUGCCACUCCAAAGUCUCCUUCUGCGAAAAAGACGACUCCGGCUUCUGGCAAGAAGCGCAAGGCUGAAUUGUCCCUCGAUGAAGACAUUGCUGCAAACAAGGCAAACUUGAACGAUGCCAUCGAGCACGCCUCCUUUGAGAACGAUAGACUUCCCAGCUGCAAUGUCAUCCGCACCAAGUUGAACAAGCUCUUUGACUCGGGUGUCAUGAACAAGGCUGAGUUCUGCAGAGCCACCGGUACUAACUCAAAGUCCCUUGACAAAUUCCUCAAGCAGAAAGACCCCUUUGGCGGAUCUAAUAGUGCUGUUUGGCGUAAUGCAUAUGUAUGGUUUCAACAGCGUAAAGUUAUGGGUCUCAAAAUGCCAGAUGCCAAGAAACGCCAACUCGAGGAGAGUAAGAAGGACACUGUCGACGGAACUCCCUCCAACGCUGCAGCUACAAAAGCCCUCCCUGAUAUCAGUGAGAUCCACCUUGAAGGUGAAGAAACAGAUGUGGUUCCCAUCUACGAUGGCUGCGAUGAGAUCCGCCGCAAAAUAAACGCACACAUGAAAGUAACCAGCGUGACCCAAGCGCAAUUCUGCAGAGAUAUUUACGCACAGUUCAACGCACCCACGUGCAAAGGUAUCUAGUCAAAGCAACUUUCAGACUUUCGAAAUGCAAAGGGCAGUAAUGCCGGGGCGAAGAGUUCAGUGUUUUAUGGAGCAUAUGUUUAGUUUGAGAAGAUGAGGAUCGCGCAGGGCAAACCGGUUACAAAACACAGAGUCGAAAUGACUUUUAUUCAUCCUGGGGACAUUCCGAGAGAUCGUGAUGAUAGGACUACUUGGGUCAUUGGUGCAGCUUAACGAGGCUUCUGUCGUUCGGUUUGGAAUGAAUGGGGAAAUGGUCGAUGUGUUCUGUUCGGGUGUUUGAUCUCGUGGGAUUGAUAGGGAUCGUGCUUGGUUGAUAUCUGCUGGUCAGUAUGUAAAAGGGCGCUGUGUCACUUGGGUAUUUGCUUA